GACAAGGAGUUCGACUCCGCCGCUCCUGCCGCCAAGACCCACCGCAUCCGCAUCACCCUGACCUCGCGCAACGUCAAGGCCCUCGAGAAGGUCUGCUCGGACCUCGUCAACCGCUCGAAGGACAAGGACCUCCGCGUCAAGGGCCCGGUCCGUCUCCCGACCAAGCGCCUCCAUAUCGUCACCCGCAAGACGCCUUGCGGUGAGGGCUCCAAGACCUGGGACCACCUCGAGAUGAAGAUCCACAAGCGUCUCAUCGACCUCGACUCGCCGGCCGAGGUUGUCAAGCAGAUCACCUCGAUGUCGAUCGAGUCGGGCGUCGAGGCCGAGGUCACCAUCCAGGCCUAA